AGCUGACACCUGCUUUAGCAAGGAUGUUGACUAUGGGCGGAGCGCAGCAGGGCGCUGUUGGUUUGGUGACCAAUGGCGGGAGAGAAGUAGAAAGAGUGACGUCUUCGCCAGCCAAUAAGCGCCUAGCCGUAUCGUACCUGUCAGUGUGCUGGCUGCGGCUCAGGAGAUCUCGACAAGUGAUGGGUUCUCUUGGAGGAACGCGGCUGCGAGCCCUAUUGUUUGUGUUCUCAGUAUGUCAUGUGCGGGCUCUGCUCCCCUCAGAUCGGUUGGAAGCCCGCUCUUCUGUGUGGCGGCGCGAUGCGCAGUGGUUAUCCCGGGUACGAAGGAGUGCGGUGCCUGACAUGUCGCCCAGCACCGACAGGACCUGCCAGCAGCCCGUGGCCUUACAGGACGUCCUCGGAAACGAAACGCACCCGGGCACAUUUGACCAAAAUGGAGAGCUGUCUUUGGUGUGGGUUGGAGAUGGAACAGGCGUUAUCCUUGUGCUAACAACUUAUAGGCUUCCUAUGAUUGUAAUUUCCUAUGGGCAGUCAAAGCUAUACAGGAGUGAGGAUUAUGGAAAAACAUUUCAGGAUAUAACCCCUCUCAUAAAAAACACCUACAUUCGCACAGAGUUUGGUAUGGGUCUGGGUCCUGAGAAUUCUGGUAAGGUUGUGUUGGUUGCAGAUGUAUCAGGAGGGAGCACUGGCGGUCGUAUUUUCAGAUCCUCAGACUUUGCAAAAAAUUUUAUACAUACAGAUUUGCCGUUUCACCCUUUAAGACCUAUAGCUUACAAUGCUGAAGAUCCUAAAUGCCUGAUGCUCAUCAGUGUGCAUUAUGAUUUGUGGAUCUCCAAAGACUUUGGAGAAAAUUGGGAUUUAAUCCAUAAAUUUGUGUGUUCAGCCAAAUGGGGACCCAGGAACAUGAUUUUACUUACGACAACAACUGCUAAUGAAUCGUGUUCGGACUGGACUGGUGUGGCCUCGUCGUUGACAAUGAAAAGAACAUCUGAUUUCGGCAAAACGUUCAAGGUGCUGAAGGAACAUAUCCACUCUUUCGGUUUAUGGGGUCGGUUUCUACUUGCUUCUGUGAUGGAAGAGGACAGAAUGAAGAGAAGAAUCCAUGUAUCUCAAAACCACGGGGACACAUGGAAUGUUGCUCAGCUCCCGUCUGUUACACAUGAGCAGUUUUACUCUGUCCUGGCAGCCAGUGAUAACCUGGUGUUUAUCCAUGUAGAUGACGAAGGAGACACUGGAUGUGGAACCAUUUAUACGUCUUGCGAUAAAGGUAUUGUUUAUUCCAAAUCUCUGGAGAGACAUUUGUACACCAAGACAGGAGGAGACACCGAUUUCACUAAUGUAACAUCCCUGCGUGGAGUAUUCAUUACCAGUGUGCUCUCUGAAGACAACUCAAUCUAUUCAGUAAUAACGUUUGAUCAAGGAGGUGAAUGGAGCCGCAUAAAUAAGCCUGAAAAUACAGAUUGUGACUCGACAGCCAAAUAUAAGGCAAAGUGUAGCUUGCAUAUACAUGCCCAGUACAGCAUGUCACAGAAUCUUGCAGUCCCACUGCCACCAGUGUCUGAGUCAAAUGCCAUCGGAAUAGUCCUUGCUCAUGGCAGUGUCGGAGAUGCUGUGUCCGUUGCUAGUCCCAGUGUGUACCUCUCGGAUGAUGGUGGUUACUCAUGGACCAGGAUACUGGAUGGUCCUCACCAUUAUGCAAUAUUGGACUCUGGGGGACUUAUUGUGGCGAUACAACAAAGUGAUAUGCCUGUCAACGCAAUCAAAUUUUCAACAGAUGAAGGUCAAUGUUGGUUCUCAUAUAAUUUCUCCAAAGAUCCUUUGAUGUUCACUGGUCUGGCUUCUGAGCCUGGUGCUCGUUCCCUGAAUGUUACUGUUUGGGGAUAUGAGCCUGGUUUUUUUCAACGCACUUGGAUGUCAUAUACCAUAGACUUUGCUGCUCUUCUCAAGCAAAGCUGUGAAGAUAAAGAUUAUACCACAUGGCUUGCACACUCUACAGACCCAGGCGCACCAUCUGAUGGGUGUGUUUUGGGUUAUAAGGAACACUAUCAGCGCCUUAAGAAAUCCUCCAUGUGCCGGAAUGGCCGGGAUUAUCUAGUGAGCCGGGAAUCUGUGAACUGUGAUUGCACUUUGGAUGACUACAUGUGUGAUUUUGGGUAUUUUCGUAAAGAAAAUGACUCAACAUGUGUUGAGCAGCCUGAACUCAAGGGCCAUGAGCUUGAUCUGUGUAUAAAUGGAGAAGAGGAGAAACUAACAACUCUUGGGUACCGUAAGAUUCCGGGGGAUAAGUGCACGGGUGGAAUAAACCCUGUUAGAGAAGAAAUGGACAUGAAGAAGAAAUGUACAAAUGACUUUUAUGCAAGUUCCCCGAAAACCCAGGAAAAAUCAGCAGCAAACUCUGUCCCACUCAUUCUCUCCGUAGUUGUGGUGCUCUUAGUUGCUGUUGCUGCAGCAGUAAUGAUAAUCAGGAAAUACGUUUGUGGGGGAAGGUUCCUUGUGCACAGGUAUUCUGUUUUGAGGCAGCAUGCGGAUACUCAUGGUGAUGAGCACUUGGAUUCCAACAUUGGUGAACCUUGUAGGAGUAGUGGCUACCAUGAUGACUCUGAUGAAGAUCUUUUGGAGUGAUUGUCAAAAAAGAUUGUACUAUGUACAAGAUUCUGCAGAACUUUUCAUGACUGGAUGUACUGUAGUAUGGCACUGUUACAGUAUCGAUCAAGGAUCCUAUGUUCCAUCUAUCGCUGGGUAAACUGGUGUCUGUGAAGUUGCUUUCUGAGAAAUAAUCACAGUAAAUACAGAAAAUUUUGAACAUGCUUUGGUGCUUAAGUUUUGGGAAUCCCAUGAUUUUUUUUUUGCUCUUUGCGGCAUUCUUCUGGAAAUGUGAUUUGGUGGUUAAGAAAAAGGUGUACUGAAUGGUGCAAUCGGUAGUAUCCUGCUGCUUUAUUCCAGCAUAUUUAAUGCACUAAUUUCUGGCUCAGGUCACAUAAAAAGCCUUUUUUUCUGUAUGGACUGUAACUGCUGAUAAAAUGUCAUACAUUGUAGGGCUUUAAUCCUUGGUCAUCUCCAUCUAUAUAAUUGGAACAGAUUGAAAAGAAAAAAAAAAAAAAAUAUUUCAAAGAAUUGUAGAGUCCACUCUUCAGCUACUACAAUGUUGAAUGUUGGGAUGCAGUUUUGACCAUAACCCAACUACCCCCCCCCCCCCCCCCCAAAGCAGAAACUGUUGUUUGUGCACAUAUAGUACUUUAUAGCGCUUAGAAAGAAAGCAUCUCACUAAUCAGAGCAGCUGACCUUUUCGGUUUAUUUUCAGUUUGUUACAAAAUGUGCCAUUUUUAAAGACUUCCCAUAUUGGUUUCCAUAAUAAGCAGUCACUAUAAAGGCAAGAGCUUCCUGAUUUGGUUACGUAUUAAAGGGGUACUCCGGUGAAAAACUUUUUUUUUUU